UGCCACAUAGACACACACGCACUCACAUUAUCGUGUCAAUUGUCAAACCGCCUUUUCCCGUCUGUCCCGUUGGAUUUAGCGACUUCACUGGGUCCCUUUUCUUUGUUUUGCAAGCCUGGCUGGUGUUUUUGCCGAGUUUUUGACUUGGUUCCCCUUGCUGCCCAGAUUUUGAUUUGUACGAAUCAGUGACCUUGUAUCCCGUCCGGAGUACUCCAUUUACAGAGUACCAAGCAAGAGAAUCAACCUCGCUUAAUUGACUCGCCCUCUGGAUAUUCCAAGCUCUUCUUUUUUCAAUGGCCGAAUUACAACAACCUCAACAACAUCCCAUUUCCCUUCGACCAGGUGGUUCUUCUUCACGAUCUUCUUCCCCUCAACCUCAACCACAACAACACACAUUUAUCAAUUUCGAAAACUCUUCUACCGACGACAUGCAAAAUUCAUCGUCUUCUUAUCAGCAACAACCCCGCCACAUGUCGGGACCUGGACCUUCACAAUACGGUGGCGGCGGAGGGCCUUCACCAUCACAAUCUCCUCCAGCUCAGCAACAACAGGCCUACAGUGGUGGCGGUAAUAGAUUCCCCAGUCAAAAUUAUCCUCCGCCACAACCACAAUCGCCCACAAAUGAAGCUGGAGUGCCAGCUGGGAACCCAUUCGCCGACAAUUCACGAUCGCGCAGCAGCACACUCGGACAAAGUUAUCCCAUCGCCCUCGGAGGAGGACAACCGCCAAUUCCCAUCUCACCACCCCAACAGACGGUUCAACCACUUUUCGCACAGCACAGUGGGGCCGCUGCGUCGCAGUCGUCACGGCCGGUGUCCCGCUCGGCCAACAUGAGCGGACCAAGCACGCGGCCAACGAGUUCGAGCACCACCACGAAAUCACCCUUUUCCACCCCCGUCACGUCACCUCCCCGACAACGACCCUUUCAGAUUUUGCUCAUCAACCCCAACUCGACCCGGCCCAUGACGGAAGCCUGCCUGACCUCGUUGAGGCCCAUCAUCCCGACGGGGGUCGAGGUGACGGGUUACACGGCUCCUUACCCUGCCCCGACGGCCAUCGAAAGCACCACCGACGCCAUCAUGUCCACCGAGGCUGUAUUGCGAGACCUGGCCAAGUACGCCGCCAGCAACGGGGAGACGGUACAAAACUACGACGGUAUGAUCGUGGCAUGUUUUUCGAAACAUCCACUGAUCGACGCCUUGAGGGAGUCUUACGAUGUCCCCAUCAUCGGCAUCAUGGAGGCGAGUCUUUACACGGCUCGGAUGAUCGGUGGACGAUUCGGGAUCAUAGCCACCGGCGCACGCUCCAGAAUUUUACAAGACGACGCCGUCGCCGCCUACGGACUCGGCCACUUUUAUGUGGGAAGCGAGGCCACCCAUCUGGGCGUCUUGGAGCUCGAGGCCCGACCGAGAGAAGAGGUGGCCAAACGUAUGGCCCACUCUGCCCGCAGCCUGGCGGCGAAGGGAGCCGACACGAUCGUCUUGGGCUGUGCCGGUAUGACCGAGUUGGUUCGAGCGGCCAAGGACGCCGUCCGUGACGAGGACGGACGGAGGACGAUCAAUGUCAUCGAUUCCGUCGAGGCGGGUCUCUUGAUGAUGACGAGUCUGGUGGGCAUGGGGAUCCCCACCAGCAAAAAGGGAAUGUACAAGGGGGAAAAGGAAGGAAGAAGGACAAGAGGUCAGAAUUGGUUGUGAUUGGGAACAAUCUUGUCCAUGUCCGUGACGGCACUCUGUCAUUGGGGGGGAGGCGCGGGUGUUUAGGCUGCUGGAGUGAGAUGGUACUACUCUGUGUGUGUGUUGUACGGGGGGGGGGAAACGAGUCUUUGAUUAUGAAUCUCUUUUUUUUAUUUUCCCUUUCUACUGAUCAAGGAUCGAUAGCCACGGUAAAAGGAUAUCUUGGUUGGAUGAAACGUGAAACCUUGCAUGUGUGAAGAUGGGCGAAAAUGAUCAAGCUCGGAAUCAGAUUUCCUGAAUACCCUGCAAGAUCAUAUCAAGGAAUAUAUAAAGUCAUACGAGGUGACUUGAGACUAAAUCAGUCCUCGCCACGGCGUUCGAUCCAAGUGGGUAGAUUACGCAGGCAUAAAAGAGCCAAGUGUCAUAUGGAUCAAUGAUGAGGUCCGGCCGC